AUGGCGGACUCGACACACAGGGCCAGAUUGACUCCAUUGACUCUGCACACGUUUGCAACAGCACCGAAUCCGGCCAAGAUCGCCAUUGCGUUGGAGCUGCUUCAGAUUCCCUAUCAAAUCAAGAUAUGGGAAUUCGGCGCUGAUCCCGACAGAGGAGUGAAGUCGGCGAAAUUUGCGCCGUUGAGUGAGAACGGAAGAGUUCCAGUCCUAGAAGAUCCCAACACAGGCGUGACUGCAUGGGAAAGCGGAGCGGUAAUGAGUUACCUUCGUCGGCUGUAUGACAAGGAGGACAGAAUUCUUGGACUAGCAGGCAAGACUAGCGACGCAGUUGUAUCGGAGCAAGAUCGAGUCGAUUUCGAGAAGUGGGAGCUGCUCCUGUUGACGACGGUUGGCCCAAUGAGCGGGCAGUUGGUCUUCUUCACACACUACCAUCCGACGCAGAUCCCGGAUGCGAUCGAGAGGUACGCACAGCAGGUGUAUCGCUGCUACGACCUGCUCGAAGGCCAGCUUGCCAAGUCAAAGGGCAGGAGCAUCAUACCCGGCGGAGUCACCGCCGUUGACCUUCAUUGGAUCGUGUGGACAUCGCAGCCACAUUUUCUUGGACUGUCCCUGGACCGAUACCCGUUGAUGCAGAAGUGGAUUAGCAACAUUGUCUCGAUGAAAGAGGUGCAGAAUGCUUUCAAGAAGAUCCAGGAGGCAGCAAUAGCAGCUGGCACAGCAAAUAUGGAUGCAGACGGCAACAUCAAAGGUGCAGACCAAAGCUUGCUGCGAGCUGUUAGAGAAGGCAAUUGA